UGCAUGGAGUUGGUGUCGAUGGAGGAUCAGGACGCCAGGGUUCCAGCCCUGGAACCAUUCAGGGUGGAGCAGGCACCACCUGUAAUCUACUAUGUCCCUGACUUCAUCUCCAAGGAAGAGGAAGAGUAUUUGCUUCGACAGGACCUGCUGGGGCCUGUCAGAAAGAGCCUUUCCCAGGAGGCUUAGGGGAAACCAAAGUGAUUCUUAGAAAGGUCUUCAAUGCCCCAAAGCCAAAGUGGACCCAGCUCUCUGGGAGGAAGUUACAGAACUGGGGCUCACAGCUAUGGCCCUGCCCCCACCUCUGGGCCCUAGACUCCCCUCAGAGCCCCUCAACCACCCCCCUGGAGGCCUUAGGGAACUGGACAUUGCUGGAUGUACCAUCUGCCCUGCAUCUGGAGAGGAGAGAAACAGAUUGCCAACACCCUCUUCCAGUGAGGACCCAGCUGGGGGCAAACACUGUGAGCACCUCAGCUCCGGCCAGGAGGUAUUGGAGGCCGAGCAGGACAGCCUAGCCCUAUGCCUGUUGGGGCUGGGCCUCCGGCUGCAGGACCAAGAGCAAGGCCUGGGGCCCUGGGCAUCAGCCCGGAGCAGGAUGGGCCAGCUGCAGGCCCUCCAGGCAGACCUGCGUGGGGCAGCGGAGCGUGUAGAUGCCCUGCUGGCGUUCGGUGAGGGGCUGGCACAGCGGAGUGAGCCUCGGGCCCGGGCAUCCCUGGAGCAGGUCCUGAGGGCCCUCAGAGCUCACCGAGGCAGCAUCUUUCGGCGACUGUGGUGGCUGCAGGCCCAGCUGGUCAGCUCUAGCCUGGUAUUUGAGGAGGCCAACCCACUGGAUCAGGACUUGGAAGUCGAGGGGGACUUGGACGGGCCAGGACCUGGUGGGGUCUGGGGGCCCUGGGCACCCAGUAGCUCCCCCACUCCCGCAGAGUUGGAGUGGGACCCGGCAGGGGAUGUUGGAGGCCUCAGGCCCUUGGGGCAAAAGACAGCCUGGACACCAGGAGCUCGCUGUGAGCUGUGUGGCCACAGAGGCCCCCAGAGCGGGGGACAAGGCCUUGAGGACAUGCUCAUGUCGGGCUUCAACCACUGGAAACACUUGGCAGGUCACCAAAGAUGUUCCCUGCUCCAGAAGUCUCAGGACAAGAAGCAGGCAUCUCCCAAUCUCCAGGACGUGAUGUUGGAGGUAGACCCUGGAGCUCCUCCUCCUGCAUCCGGGCACUGCCUGACCUUCCUCCUCCUCCUCCUCUUCCUUUUCCUGGUGGGUGUCACCUUGCUCCUGCCACCGUCAGGGGGCUCCUGCUGCUGUCCUGCCCGACUGGCCAGGACACCUUACCUGGUGCUCAGCUAUGUCAAUGGUCCCCCCCCAAUCUGAGUACGUAGCCCGGACAUAUGUAAUAAACGGUCACUGU